AUGAUAAGAAAUAAUACCGACAAGUUACCUGUACCUCAUCACUCGUAUAACACAUCAGUCUCAUCUACGUCUAGUAUAGGGCCCACAGGAUUCAACAUCAAUCAUAGAGCAAAUAAAUCAGCAUCAAGCACUGCACGAUUAUCUCGAACAAACACUAAUAAUACAGACACAUAUAGUAAUGAUGUACAAAGUAUAAAAACUGCAGACAGAUUACCCACAGCCAAGCCUAGUGUAACAUACCUGGACAAACUCUGGACACAAAUUGACGUUCUUGAUGACGUCAAAAAUAUGUCAAACCAGGUUAGACUCAAAGGAUCGUUUUUUAACGAUAAGUUUAAUGAAGAGCUAGAAAAAUUAAAAUCACUGCAAAACAAGUUAUUCGAGGUGAUGUCAAACCAGCAUUUUAAGAGUUACUCUGAUAAAGAUUAUCAAAAACAUUUGUAUAAACUCAAUGUGGCCACACCUAAUGCCAGUACUCCGCAACUCCUCAACCAAAUUUCUGAAGGGGACAGAAACCCCCAAAAUGAAAGGCUUACUGAGUUUUUUGCCAAAGAUGCGGAAGACCUGAAGCACAUUCUAUAUAAGAAACAGAAUUUUGAUGAAAUCAGCCAGUACGUGGAAGAUGUGAGAGUGAAUUUAGAUAAUAUAGGUCAAUCCAUGAAGAAGUUUGAUGAAAAUACUAGAGAUUUAUGGUAA